AGUCCUCUUACAAAGGUAAAACUGAUCAAUGAACUGAACCAGAGGGAAGCACAGCUUGGGAUAAAUGAAAAAGUCUCCUGGCAUGCAGAAUAUAAGGACAGUGCCUGGAUAUUUAUAGGUGGUUUCCCAUAUGACUUGACAGAGGGGGACAUAAUCUGUGUGUUCUCACAGUAUGGUGAGAUCGCCAAUAUCAAUCUGGUGCGAGACAACAAGACGGGUAAAUCUAAAGGCUUUUGCUUUAUUUGCUAUGAGGACCAGAGGAGCACAAUUCUGGCAGUGGAUAACUUCAAUGGAAUUAAGAUAAAGGGCAGGACGAUCCGUGUGGAUCAUGUUGCCAAUUACCGUCCCCCUAAAGAUUCUGAGGAUUUGGAUGAAGUGACGAAACGAAUACGGGAAGAGGGCUGUGCCCCAAAAACCCCGCCUCCUUCCUCUUCAGAAUUUGAGGAAGAGGAGUGUGAAAUACCAGAUAAGAAGCGCAAGAAAGAAAAGAAAAAGAAGAAAGAGAAAAAAAAAAAGACCAAGGAGAAGAGGCGGGGGGAUUCAGACAGCCAAAAUUCACACGGAAGAGUGGCAACGCCAUAUCUGACCCAACCCACUGUAAAAAGAGAAAAGGAGGAUUCUGGGUAUGACAAGUAUGCCAGCACCAGUUGCUUUCCAGAUUCCGAGAGAUUUAAGGAGGACAGGCAGCCCUGGAAGGAGAACGAAGGAAGAAACAGGGAGUGUGAGAGGGGUGGGGUCCGAUACAGAGAUCUUCAGGGCAGCAGCAGUCGCCACCACGAUGGUAGCCUGCAGGAUGGGAAAGCUGGUGAGAAGGAUAGGGAUCGGUGGCAUGAGAGCCAGUGGGACUCUGACAGGGGCAGGAGAGAAGACAGACACUGGCAUUCCAAGCACUCGAGCCAGAACAGGGAGCGGAGUGACCCAUCUGACAGAGAUAGAUCGAGAGGCAGGGAUCACAGUCGAGACCAGGCGCACUGGAGGAACUGAACUGUACCGAUUUAUUUCAAAAGUCUGGUUCUCCUAGUUUCUGUACUGCUAAGAAAAACAUCUUGAAUAUAUAUUUUAGAAUACUUGUAAUUAGGUUUUUUUUUUUUGAAUAAAUUAUCAGAAAGCCUUGGAUGUGUAAAUAAUUAUCCUAGUAAUGACAAAUAUAUCAAGCAUGGGUAAUGAUAGUUUGUUUGGAUUUAGGAUUACCUCCACCAUACCAUGAAGAUACUAAAAACAGACUGUAAUAAACUGGGCUGAAUCUUAGGUAUGAAGUACAUAUAAAUAAACUUCCUAAACCACUUACUAACAUCUGACCCAUAUAUCUUCAGGUGACUUAAGGGCAUAUCCUUGGUUGAACAGUAAGCGUGUGAGCUCAAAAAGCAGCAAACUGAAUAGUGCACCGCAUAGCCAAAACUUCAGCUAUGUAAUUGUAUUUAAUGGAUUUGUAGUGAAACUGAGACAAACAGCUUAGAUUUCUACUGGUAGUACAGGACUUUUAUUUUUUAUAAAUUCACAAAAUUAAAUAAGCAAAUGUAUUGUAAUAGUACCCAAUGUAACAGAAAAUUAAUGUCAUGGAUGCUCAAAAAAGCAUCUACACAAUUAGGAUUUGUAAAUAAAAACAAGAGUACAUCAAAUCAAUAGAGAAUUGUCUUACUUUACAAACAAUAACCUGCUCAACAGGACGGGCACAGCACUUUUCAUUGCCAAUGCACACAAAAUUACCUCAUUUUUACCCAGAGCCCACAUUCUAUGAUAUCAAUGUAGACGGCUACAUAUUGUUUCGUACACUAGGAUCAUUCUAUGAACACCUAUAUUUAAAGUCGCCAAGCAAAAUACAAGGCUUCUUUGACACCAGGGCAAGAAACAGCUGAAUAUGGUAAAUAUUUUUCAGUAUUGGUCAUUUUUCAUAAUUUGCAUGUUGUAUAGCAGUAUGAGAUCUGAUAAAUAUUAAGAAAUGAUAUUAAAGAUGGCACUCGGAUGUGAGCUGAUAUGGGAUUAAAUAGACAUGGAAAAAAUAGUUCAAUGAAAACAACUUCCAUAGUAAAUGUUUGGCUGUCACUGUAGGCAAAAUCCCCAUCUUAGAGAACCUUGUCUUUAACACCCCCAUAUACUGAUAGGACAGCAAUUCUGCAGACUGCAUUGAGGUGUAGUGUAGUUAUCCAUUGUUUUCCAAAGUACAUGUUACAGAUAUGAUGUGUUUCUUAAGGCUGAGACACACUCCCCUAGAAGUCAAUGCAGAAUGUACUUGUUAAAUGUAUAGCUUGUCAUGCAUUGGGCAGGCCUGAAGCAUAACACGUAGAGGUUCAAACGUUUACAUUUUAAUGCAUAGCUUCAGGUCUAUUACGAGCAGGCGAUAUACCAAACAAUUCUGCAUGCCUUUAACAACAAGGAUGCAGAAAGGCAAGAAGAUAUGGGGAGGAAUAUCUAUAAUUGAGAGCAACAGCUGGAAGUAAAAAUAAUUGUUGUGUAUCACUUUUUGAAAAUCUUUUAUCCCGAUGUCAAAAUGUAUUGUUGACGAGACGUGUUGCCAUCUGUAGAUAAACUUAAGAUGCAUACUUGUGCCAUGCAUGUGUACCUCGCCUUUACAAUCCCACUUCCCAGCCCAUUACAAAUUCUCUCUUUUGCAUGAUCUGGUAGUUUCUGUCUCUGACAGCAUGUGACAGUCCACACCACAGUUCUGUAUUCUAUGGUGGACUGCUGAAACUCAAAACUGCAGAACAGACAGGAGGUGAUAUGUGCCAAAGUUUGUUUUUAUUGCCAUUAUAGUGUUUAAUUAAACAAUUACUCAGUUGUUUAUUUGGAAUGCUUCAUUAUAGCACUGAAUCUACAGCGUCACCGGCAAACUGAAAAUAUAAAAAGCACUACAGGAGGUUAAAUGCUACAAGAAAUCAAAUCAGAUUUGCCAUCUGAAUACAAUUUCAUGGGAUUAUUCCUGAUGCCAGCGUCCUAUGCAGGACCAUUCAAAUAUUUAAUGAAUAGUUAGUGAUUAUGACUUAUACAUUUGUGUACAAUACAACGCACUGUAUGGACAUGAUCAACCACUAAUUUAGACUGUCCAAUAGUGUGAAGCUUCAAUAGUUUUCCAAUUGAGUUCUGACUCUAUACAUAUUUGUCUUUCUAUGUAACCAUCCAACAAAAAAGCACGGAAAUAACACCAAGACUUACAAAUAUGAAAGUAUACAAAUAUAUAUGAUUUUCAAAGCCAGAUUGAUGCAAAUUCCUGUUUGAAUAAAUAGAACCCACAGCUUCCUGGACUUCAAGCUAACACCCAGAGCUAGCUCUGGUAGACAAGCCGCCUGUGUAUUAUCACUGGCUCGCUCACUCCAAUCGUGCAGUGCAUCACGGAUUGCAGUUAGCUGUUAAGUAAAUAGGGCCCUGCUAUCAAUACAACUGGUUCAGUUAAACCAUCAGGGUCGGGAUAAAUACAUGAGAAAAUGGGAAGUAAUAACGUUUCAGCCACACCACUCCGAAGAAAUUCGGCUGUUUAAUGGCCGAGUACACAAAAAAGCUUGAUUGCCUGCAAUUCCGAGGUCACGGACUCACUAUUAAAUACCUGUACAUUAUCAUGUGUCCAAGAAUGCCCAUCAUGCUUGCCAAUAGUACUGCUAUAUAGAAAUAAAAUAAUGUAUGGUCAGAAUAUAUAAUGCACUUACAAGUGCAUUAACAGACCAAAACCAAUGAGACAUUAUUAUUGUGUGAUAAUAAUAUAGUCUGACUCAUAUGUUUCAGUUUAUUCACUUGUUAUUUUAUAUAUCCCAUGUUUCUUAAAGCACAUUGUUUUCAUUCAAAACUGUUCAAACAAUGUAUAUUUCCCCAUCUGUACCCAGUGUAUGUGCGCAGGAAAGGCAGGGGGUGCUGUGCAGACUCGCCAUGCUUAAACCACACGGUAAUACUAUGGCCAAUAUAGCAGACAAACUCACACUCAUACGUUAGUGAUGGCAAGUCAAAAGGGGGGAGGGGGGGGGGGAUUAUACUAACUGUCAGAUAAACAUGUACAAUGGAUACUUUGUGUUAUUUUAUUUUGCUCCUCUUUCAAAACAUCUCCUUAAACUCUUCUGCUGUUGAACCUUUGUUUCAGAGUUUUGUCAUUGUUUGGUGGAAUAUCUAAGUCUACUUUAAAUAACGUUUUGCAAGAGUGAUAGUGGCAUUUUUAAAUGAAGCUGUUGACUCAGGAAGCACCAUGACAUAGGAUCAUUUAUAGUACCGGAAUAUACUUUCCCAUAUACCUCCAGAGGUACAUAAAGAUUACAAGAAUGAAAUAUAUAUAUAUAUAUAUAUUAUUAUUAAAUAUAGCUUUGUUUCCAUUGCAACAUAGUGUGUCUG